GAGUGGAGUCACAGCCGUGAAAGUGGCGGAGGCGGACAUUGUUGUGGUAACAGUCCAGCCCCAGAGGAUGAGCAGAGAUGAUGCACUUAUUUUGAGCGGAUAAAGAAGGAGAUUGGAUUUUGAUUUAUUUUGUUUUGUUGUGGUUGUUUUUAUCUAGAGAAUGAAUCGUUUGUGAAAAAGCUGCUGCACCGCCACCACCAGGGAACAGAGUUCAUUCAAGCGAGGCGAGCGGAGCACAGCCUGGUGAGACGAUGCCAGCGACGUAAAAAUCACAACAUCUGCAGCAGGGUGUGCAUCCAAGGCUGCUGGAUUAAGCCUCCGUGGAUCGACCGGGCCUUUGUACAUUCAGUAGGCCCACAGAAGAGCCCACGGUGCGGCUGUUGCUUUCAAAAUACUGCGAGAGGAGGUAAAAAUCGGGACAGUUGUAUUCCUGGAGGCCUUUUGAGAACACAGUCUGCUGUUGGGAGGAUGACAGAUUGACAUUAAUGGGGGUUUGCGGUGCAUUUUCAUACACGACCUCAUUAAGACAUCAUCCACGAAAAACAGACACUGGGUUGUGCAUAAAUUAGGACGGAAGUCACAGCGCCUUGAAGAAAGCCAUCUAAAUAAAGAAAUCACAUGUUUGUGCCAUGAUUUGGCCUCCGGUGCUGUAGUGAUUGCAUACAUGACAUCUGGAAAAUAUGCAGAGGAAGAGGAUGUGAUGGCUCGGUGUUGAGCAUUGAAGCAUCCAGCUACAUCUCAGCGCUUUUAAUAGAUUCUCAGGUAUCAUCUAGGAGUAGAUUUUUUUUUUAAAUAGAAAAUGGGUAGCGAAGGUGAGAUAAUAAAUAGAGAACUGUCAAAGAUGUCUGACGAGGAUUUGCUGGCGUGCUCCAAAGAGGAGCUGGUGAGACGGCUGCGUAAAGAGGAGGCGGAGAAAAUAUCGGCUCUCAUUCAGCGAGGACGGCUGAUAAAAGAGGUGAAUAAACAGCUGCAGGGACACCUCCUUGAAAUCAGGGAACUGAAAGUCAUCAAUCAGCGCCUGCAGGAGGAAAACGUGGAGUUGCGGGACCUGUGCUGCUUCCUGGACGACGACCGGCUUAAGGUGAAGAAGCUGUCCAGGGAAUGGCAGCUGUUCGGGCAUCACGCAGCUAAAGUGAUGCGGGAGGACCUGGGCGGUUACUUGAAAAAGCUCGCCGACCUGGAGCGCAUGCAGGACGGGCUGGUGAAGGAGAAUUUGGACCUGAAGGAGCUGUGCCUGGUCCUGGAGGAGGAGUGUGUCAGCAGGAGUGACUCCAGCCCCGGAGGGUCCACCGAGCUCAACCUGCCCUGCAUGGUGGCCCGGGACCUGGGGGACGGGAGCUCAAGCACAGGCAGCGUGGGAAGCCCGGACCAGCUCCACCUGGUGUGCUCACCUGAUGACUGAUGGCGGGUUUAUGUCAGCUGUCAGGGUUUCUCCGACUCAAAUAAGGAAUUUGUAGACUAGGGGUGAUGUGAUUAAUGGAGACACAGACGCUUUGUCAGACAAUUCAAAUCAAUUUGGUGCAAAAAAGCAUUAGGGCUUUCUGAAUGCUGCAGAUUUGUGUGCCACUAGGUUUUGACUUGACGAAUCUAUCACUAUAGACAUUUUCAGGACUUUACAAAGACAUUUGAUAGAUGUUUUCCAGAUGAUAAUGUAUCUAAAUUUGACAGUGUUUUUUCUAAUAACUCCUCCUUUUUCAGUGGUCUGUUGUCAAAAAAAAAUGGGACCAAAAAAGUGGGUCACAUAUAUAAAUUUAUCUCAUGCACUGGACUAGCCUACACUGGUAGAAGCCUUUUUUCUAUUGCACUGGACAGCGUUACUAUGGGUCUUUAAAUCACAGAUCUAAAGAUUCAUUUCAAUCCAGUUUUGAGCCAUAUUUAGUCCACUGAAUUCCAAUAGCACUGAAAUAGAUGAGUUGUGAUAAAAGAAAAAAUGAAACUAUUUGAUAUUUGCUUUUGCUAGAUGCCCAAUAAUGUGUAAUAUUUUAUGCACUCUCUUCCUCAGGACAGGAUUGGAGUGCCAUAUGUGCAUGAUGAUUGUCACAAUUUGUACAGGCCUGUUAACCAGUCUGAUGUGAAGGCCCUUCAGGUUUAAUGUGGGUGGGGCUGCUGUGCAUAAUGUACAUGUGCAAGAGCCUGGGCAGAGCCAGCACACGUGUUAAGGUUUUGGAUCAGAUGUGAUAGAUGUCCUUGGACCUCACUCAGAGCUGAACUGAACAAGUUCUGUCACUUUUUUUAAAAAUCCAACUGGAAACUCUUUGUAUCAAACUGGAAGGUCUACAACUUUUAAUGAUUUCUAUUCUAUUCAAACCAAGUUGUUUAAAUCCACUUAUAUUCCUUUUUUUUUAUUACAUUAUUGUUGGUGUUCAAUUAGCAUAUCACAGAGUUUGUUUAAGUUGGCAACAGUCAGCUUUGUCUUCUGUGACUCAUGCUUUGUAUUUACCCUGUACCAUUAGGGAUAAUCUUAACUUUGACCCUUAUUUAUCUUGAUUUAUCUGUAUUAACUUGCAUAACUAACCAAUUUCAGUUUAAAUCAUAGAUAAUGCACAUGGAUUAGAAAAGAUUUAUUUUGUCGUUAGCUGUUUAUUGGUGGGCUAUGCUCGUAGUGCAUUGAAGAGCUUUAAAUACAGUGGGUAUGAUGACA